CUCUGGCUGUCCUGGAAUUCACUUUGUAAAACAGGCUGGCCUUGAACUCAGAAAUCCACCUGCCUCUGCCUCCCGAGUGCUGGGAUUAAAGGUGUGCGCCACCAUACCCGGCUUUUGUUUUUGUUUUUAUCUCUGAAAAGGGAUGCUAGUCUUUGUCCCGGGUUUUCGAGACACUAAGUAAAUACUGCUAUAUAGAAAUUAAUUUUUGUUGGGCAGUGGUGGCACACACCUUUCCAGCACUUGGCAGAAGCAGGUGGAUUUCUGAGUUAAAGGCCAGCCUGGUCUACAGAGUGAGUUCCAGGACAGCCAGGGCUACACAGAGAAACCCUGUCUGACACCCCCCCCCCAAAAAAGAAAAUAAUUGUUGAGACAGCAUCUCUAUGUAACCCUGAAACUCGUAUGUAGUCCAGGCUGGUCUCAAGAGAUCCCCCUGCUUCUGUCUGCCUGCUGGGAUUAAUGGCAUGCAUCACUACACAUGGCUCGAGGACUUACUUUUAGUAUCUGAUUAGUAUCUUGAGGUGCCUAGUGGUAACUGACAUCCAAGUGUGUUAGGUGACAAUGGAAAUUCUGCCCAGUGCUUUUCAUUCAUUAUUUAAUUCUACCAGUCCUCUCAGAGACAGUUACCAUGAGGUGCUAAGAAACAGGCCGGGAGAAGUCAUGUGUCCAGGUUCCCACGGGGAGAGAAGAAAGCCAUCAUUCCACCCCAAGAGAUGGUUCCCUAGGUCUAUACUCAGUUCCCCGGUGGGUGGAUUGUUUGGGAUCAAAGGGUGAAUGGUUGACUUCAGGAAGAGCAAAGCAAAGGAUGGGGGAAGGGAAAGGGGGAAGGGGAAGACAGCAGAUUUUUAAAGUAAAAGAUUAAGGUAGGAGGUAGUGAGCCCUAAGGUUUGGGCCUAGCUGUUUGCUAGUGUAGUUUGGAUUUGCCCUUGGGGUGAAAUCGCCUGUGUAGGAGCCCAAGUGCAGACCAGACUGAGCUCUUGGCAGGCUCUGGGCCUGCAGGUAGUGUUUUGUUCCUGCUGAGGCCCCCUUUUCCCUCUUGAGGUCCCAGCUUAGCUUCUCAGGCUCCUCUCUCUAAAACCGCUCGGGCAUCCCAACUUAAUUUGGGCUGCCUACGUCCUUUCUCUGCAGAGGAAACCUGUUCGGGUCAGACACUGUGCUGUGGUAGCACUGGACUGGACCUUUUGGGACAGAUUAUGUUUAGAGAGGGUGGAUAAUACCAUCCCUGGAUCAGCAAAGAUACGGAGAGGCAGGCAUGAAGUACUGGCCUCAGGCUUGGCUAGAACGGAAUGUGGGUGUUAAGGAGACUGUGGAUGUUAACCCUAGAAGGAUAAAGAGGCAUGGACAAGUUUGGUGGUCCUACAGGGUCAGAUAUAUUAUGUCACAUGUUGUUGGGCAUGUCCCACGAAGUCAGAGCUCACCAAGCCAGACCUGCAAUACUCUGAGUUGCCACGUGCCAACUGUGUGUGCGAGGCAUGUGGUCACAUGUGCUGGGGGCUGCACGUGAGAGUGUCAGUGUCUCCUCCCCAUCACGAGCAUGGGGGUGGUGGUGAGUCACGGGCUCAGCCUUCAGCGCCAACUGUCAUGUUCCUUCCCCCCAAAUUUCACCCCCCAACACACACACCCAGCCCUGCACCACCCACCCCCACUUGAAGAUCUGUGUGGAUUUUCUGUUCCAUCCCCCUGCCCUUCUGGGCUUUCUCAGGGAGACGGCAGUAUUCCUUAAGAAAGGGUGCUUCUCUCAGCUCUGCCAUCUUGUCACCCCCUCCCACUGCCUCACUGCUCAGGUGACUAAAAGAUGAGGGCCUCUUCUGGCUUCCCACUCAUCUCCACGGGUCCCCAGGAGUUCUCUGUGCACAAUGGAGAAUCCCUUCCUCCCCUCAACAUCUUGAGCCCGUUUCCAGAGGCUUCCCAGUUCUAUGUCUCCCAGCUUGCCAUGCCUGCCUCAGUGGUCCUCUCAUGUCUAUGAGCCACGUGACUGUCUCUGUGGGUCUCCUGUACCCAUGGGGCUGUCUCCAUCAGGAGACCUCUCCUAGCUUACUGGGCCCCGUGUAUGCUUCCUGGUUGCUCCUUCUGUGUAUGGCUCCCUAUUCUGAGGAGUCUUUCUGUCUCUGGCCUCUGCCACCUUCAAACACCUCUGUGUCCUAUAUGCUGUUCUCUUGUCCUCAGGUGGCUUGCUUUUCCAUGGCUGGCUUUCCUUGGCCUUGUGGAGUUUGUGGGCCUUGGCCCACCUCUCUUGGGUCUUGAUGGCUGGCUGUCUCUUUCCCUGCAUUUUUCUCCAUCUCUGUAGUCCUCUCUCCCCAUCUCUAGGCCCUUCCCUCAGUUCUCCCCACCAAUGCCUCUCAGCUCCAUGGGCUCCAGAAUCCUGGGCUGCCUGGGCAGGGCGGUGGCAUGGUGUGGUUGGAGGGGGUGGCCCCGGGGGUUGGCCCUUCAUCCAAUGCAGCUCGCUCUUCUCAUCAGCAUUCUCCUCGCAGGGCCCCCCAGCCCGACCAAUACGAUCUCCCCCUCCUCUGCUUCCCUCCCUCCUUGCUCCCUGCCUGCCUGCCUCCCUCCCUCCUGCCCGCCCUCCUCCCUGCCUCCCUCCCUUCAUCUCUCCCCUCCACCACCACCACCACCACCAUCACCACCACCACCACCACCACCACCACCCCACCCCCCCGCGCUCCAGGACUCAGCGCGGGCGGGCGGGCAGGCGGCGGCCUAGGAGGGGAGAAGGAGCAGUGGCGGCAGCGGUAGUAGCGGCCGGCAGCAAGGAGGCAGGCCCGGCUGGGGACACGGAGCCGCCAGCGGCUGCCGCUCACAGGGGACCAGAGUGUGCGGCCAGGCCCUCCCACCGAGAGCCGGCGGGCCCCGGGACACCCCACCCUCCUCCGCCUUCCCGUUCCACCUGCUUCUCUCCAUCCUCUCCUCCCACCUCAUCUCGCCACCUCGUCUGCCUCCCUUCUUGGUCUCACCAGGGCUGCCAGUUGCUCUGUCCUCGCUAGCCCCUUCAUUGACCGGCCUCUCCUGGCCCUCAAGCAUGUUUUUCCCGUGGGGACUGAGGGGUUGAGGACUCCCGGCCCUAGCCUCAUCCAGGGCAGGGCCAAGGCUCUGGGGGGAGGGGGGGGAAGGGGGCGGCCCCCUCCCCCCCAGCAGGCCCUCCCCUCCCCCACUUCCCCCCGAUGGCUGGCUUUCUUUUCUCCACCCAGUCCUCACCCCCAGUGCCCCCCCCAGGCCGGCCCGGCUAGGGGAGGGGGCGGGGGCCCUUUCCUGGGCCGGCUUCCCCCUCCCCCGGCUUUGCCUGUGCCCCCCUCCCUUCCGUUUUCACCUUCCUCUCCUCCUUUCCUCCCUCCUUCCCCUCCGUUUGCUCCUUCCCCCUCUCCUCUCUCCCCUUCUCUCCUCCAUUUUCUCCUUUCCCCUUCCUCCCCUCCUGGCCCGCCCUUUGCUUUUCCACCUGUCCUUCCUCCCCGCUGCUGGGGAGACACCGUUUUGGAUUAGUUGGGGGCCACCGCCGGCGGCGGGGGAGGGGGCCCAGUGGACUGCCCUCUCCCCCGGCCCCAGCCUCACCAGCACCCAGCAUCGGAGCACCUCCUGGUUGUCGUUCCUCGGGCCUCGAGGGAGCCCAGCCCUCCGUCCCACCAGGAUCCGUGGCGAGUGGGGGCCGCGGCAGCUGCGUCCCCAUGAGGAGGGGAGGAAGAUGCCGGCUGAGCUGCUGCUGCUGCUGAUAGUCGCCUUCGCCAAUCCCAGCUGCCAGGUGCUGUCAUCACUGCGCAUGGCUGCAAUCCUGGACGACCAGACCGUGUGUGGCCGUGGUGAGCGUCUGGCCCUGGCCCUGGCCCGAGAGCAGAUCAAUGGGAUCAUCGAGGUCCCAGCCAAGGCCAGAGUGGAAGUAGACAUCUUUGAGCUGCAGCGGGACAGCCAGUACGAGACCACGGACACCAGUGAGCGGGGCCUCAGGGGCGUGGGUGUGUCAGAUCCUGCCCAAGGGGGUUGUAUCUGUCUUGGGACCCUCCUCCAGCCCAGCUUCUGCCUCCACCGUGAGCCAUAUCUGUGGGGAGAAGGAGAUUCCCCACAUCAAGGUGGGUCCUGAGGAGACGCCCCGCCUUCAGUACCUUCGCUUCGCAUCUGUCAGCCUGUACCCCAGUAAUGAAGAUGUCAGCCUGGCAGUCUCCCGAAUCCUCAAGUCCUUUAACUACCCCUCAGCUAGCCUCAUCUGCGCCAAGGCUGAGUGCCUGCUGCGGCUAGAAGAACUGGUGCGAGGCUUCCUCAUCUCCAAGGAGACACUGUCCGUGAGGAUGCUUGAUGACAGCCGGGACCCCACGCCGCUACUCAAGGAGAUCCGAGAUGACAAAGUGUCCACCAUCAUCAUUGAUGCCAAUGCGUCCAUCUCCCACCUUGUCCUCCGCCUGUCUCUAAAUCUCUCUUCCCCUCUUGGGUUCCCCCGUUCUCUGCCUCUCGGCCUCUCCUGUGUUCUCCAGGCUUCGGAGCUGGGAAUGACCUCAGCGUUUUACAAGUACAUCCUCACCACCAUGGACUUUCCCAUCCUGCAUCUGGAUGGUAUCGUGGAGGACUCCUCCAACAUCCUGGGCUUUUCCAUGUUCAACACCUCCCACCCCUUCUACCCAGAGUUUGUGCGCAGCCUCAACAUGUCCUGGAGGGAGAACUGUGAAGCCAGCACCUAUCCUGGCCCUGCGCUGUCCGCAGCCCUGAUGUUUGACGCUGUGCACGUGGUGGUAAGCGCUGUCCGAGAACUGAACCGAAGCCAGGAGAUUGGCGUCAAGCCACUGGCCUGCACUUCGGCCAACAUUUGGCCCCAUGGGACCAGCCUUAUGAACUACCUUCGAAUGGUAGAGUAUGACGGGCUGACCGGGCGGGUUGAGUUCAACAGCAAAGGGCAGAGGACCAACUACACACUACGCAUCCUGGAGAAGUCCCGCCAGGGCCACCGUGAGAUAGGGGUGUGGUACUCUAACCGGACCCUGGCCAUGAAUGCCACCACCCUGGACAUCAACCUGUCACAGACUCUAGCCAACAAGACUCUGGUGGUCACAACUAUCCUGGAGAACCCGUAUGUUAUGCGCCGGCCCAACUUCCAGGCCUUGUCAGGGAAUGAGCGCUUCGAGGGCUUCUGCGUGGACAUGCUCAGGGAGCUGGCCGAGCUGCUGCGCUUCCGAUACCGCCUGCGGUUGGUAGAGGACGGACUCUACGGGGCACCUGAGCCCAACGGUUCCUGGACAGGCAUGGUUGGAGAACUCAUCAACCGGCAGAAGGCAGACCUGGCUGUGGCAGCCUUCACCAUCACCGCCGAGAGGGAGAAGGUCAUCGACUUCUCCAAGCCCUUCAUGACCCUGGGGAUCAGCAUCCUCUACAGGGUGCACAUGGGCCGCAAGCCUGGCUACUUCUCCUUCCUGGACCCCUUCUCCCCUGCCGUGUGGCUCUUCAUGCUUCUUGCCUACCUGGCUGUCAGCUGUGUCUUGUUCCUGGCUGCCAGGCUGAGCCCUUAUGAGUGGUACAACCCACACCCGUGUCUCCGGGCGCGUCCCCAUAUCCUGGAGAACCAGUACACGCUGGGCAACAGCCUCUGGUUCCCCGUGGGUGGCUUCAUGCAGCAGGGCUCGGAGAUCAUGCCGCGGGCACUGUCCACACGCUGUGUCAGCGGAGUCUGGUGGGCCUUCACCUUGAUCAUCAUCUCCUCCUACACGGCCAACCUGGCUGCCUUCCUCACGGUGCAGCGCAUGGAGGUGCCGGUGGAGUCGGCUGACGACCUGGCGGAUCAGACCAACAUUGAGUACGGCACUAUCCACGCUGGCUCCACCAUGACCUUCUUCCAGAACUCGCGGUACCAGACGUACCAGCGGAUGUGGAACUACAUGCAAUCGAAGCAGCCCAGCGUGUUUGUCAAGAGCACAGAGGAGGGAAUCGCCCGCGUCCUCAACUCCCGCUAUGCCUUCCUGCUGGAGUCCACCAUGAACGAGUACCACAGGCGCCUCAAUUGCAACCUCACCCAGAUCGGGGGCCUCCUCGACACCAAGGGCUACGGCAUCGGCAUGCCGCUGGGCUCCCCUUUCCGGGAUGAGAUCACACUGGCCAUCCUGCAGCUCCAGGAGAACAACAGGCUGGAGAUCCUGAAGCGCAAGUGGUGGGAGGGCGGCCGGUGCCCCAAGGAGGAGGACCACAGGGCCAAAGGUUUGGGCAUGGAGAACAUUGGCGGCAUUUUUGUCGUGCUGAUCUGUGGCCUCAUCAUUGCUGUCUUCGUGGCGGUCAUGGAGUUCAUCUGGUCCACGCGGAGGUCAGCGGAGUCCGAGGAGGUGUCGGUGUGCCAGGAGAUGCUGCAGGAGCUACGCCACGCCGUGUCUUGCCGAAAGACCUCGCGUUCCCGCCGGCGCCGGCGCCCUGGUGGCCCGAGCCGGGCCCUGCUGUCGCUGCGCGCAGUCCGCGAGAUGCGACUCAGCAACGGCAAGCUCUACUCGGCCGGCGCGGGCGGGGACGCGGGCGCGCACGGGGGUCCGCAGCGCCUCCUGGACGACCCCGGACCUCCUGGGGGACCCCGGCCCCAGGCUCCCACGCCCUGCACGCACGUGCGCGUCUGCCAGGAGUGCAGGCGCAUCCAGGCGCUGCGAGCUUCGGGGGCCGGGGCGCCCCCACGUGGCCUGGGCACCCCAGCCGAAGCCACCAGCCCGCCUCGGCCGCGGCCAGGCCCCACCGGACCCCGCGAGCUGACCGAGCACGAAUGACCGUGGACGGGGCCGGGCGUGCGCCCCGACUGACUGCAGGGACGCGAUGCGCCCCAGACGGACAGGACGCCGCGAUUUUGCCUUCAAUUCCUGGUGAAGUCCGAGCCCGGCUCCGGAGCAGGCCUGCGCCUCCUAGUGGACUUGAGCAAGGGUGUCGCGGACGCCCGCAUUCUAUCCCGCACCGUGGACGGGAGGAGCGCAGAGACCGAGGACUCUAAGGGCCACGGACUGUGGGGGCUGCUCCCGGAGUUGGAAAGCGGUCCGCGGGGAGGACCCCAACCUGGGACUGCCCAGAUGCCCCAAGACUUGACACGGCUCUCCACACUUCUGGAGGUGGGGAGGGCCUCUGGACAUGUGGGUGUCCCCUGGUGCCCCUCUCUUCUCUUUCUCUCUUUUUUGGGGGGAGAAACCUCAGAAAUUUCUAUGAGACGCCCCCAGGGAGAGGGUCUCUUGGGCCCCUAUACCUCCCCCUGCCACAUCCCAGUCCUGUUGGAAUAAAAAAAAGAACAAAACCCCAAAA